AUGCUCUUAUGCGUUUCAAAAGUUUCAUGCAGUUUUUGUGCAAUGUACACAAAUCAUUUGUACGCACAAUUUUCUUAAUUCACUAUUUUUUAAGUCUAAAAUAAUUUGACCUGAUUGUUCACCAAAAUUUAUUUUGCGCGGCCAGAUUAAGCAAUGAAUUCAUAAUUUGAUAAUUCAGUAAACUUAUGGUCAAAAAAGAGAUUGUGCUUUACAGACAAAAACUUUCGAGGACAGUUGUCAAAAAUUGGUCGGCUCAAAAUGCGACAACAUGCCUGGUCCAGCGAAUAGACUAGACAACAAAUGUCAAAACUGCUUGAGAGUGUUCCAGAACAUUCGGCUAAAGCGACUUCCUGUUUGCGCUCAUACAGUAUGUUCAAAAUGCAACCCGGUGUUGCUUAGGAAGCAAGGGAAGCUCAAGGCUGACCAGUUAUGUCCCGUUUGUGCCAAGAAACCGCCUUCUAAUCCGGCAUCAAAACCGAACCCACCGAAGUCGAAAGAAUCACCGCCUGAAGUUGUCCAAAUUAAAUCUCCAAGAGAAGUGGAAUUCAACAACCAGUCGAAAGAUGAUCAGGACGACUCGGAGGAGGACACUGGAGCCGAUUCGCAGAGUGAAACCGAAACAGACUGCGCGAUUUGCACCGAUGAGUUAAAAAACCCGAUAACUUUACCCUGCGAACAUCGAUUUUGUCAAGAGUGUUUUGACCACUGGGAGGAGCGAGCUUCUACGUGUCCAUUAUGCCGAGUUGUCGUAAACGAGGAGAAACAACGGCGAAUUGAUGAGGAUCGGGAACGACGUCGGCGGCGCAGACAUGCACGUAAUGCGAGGUCGGUUCAACCUCCGUUUCCAGAUCCUCUUUACAACACCAGAGCGGCAAGCGCCAUCGCAGCGUCUAUUCUUCUCAUUCCCAUGAUAAUCAUGUUUAUUUGCGGGAACUUUGCGGUGAAGAAUUGUCACGCUAUGAUGUUCAUUGGGUUUCCUUUUUGGACUGGAAUUCACAUGGUCAUUGUAGUUUGCUUGACCCUGAUGUCUGUUGGCAAAAGUUCCAGUACCGUCAUUGUCGUUCAAAUAGUUCUCGUGGGUUUUGGGAUCAUAUUUAAUACCAUGUCUAUUUUUCUGGGAUGCUUUCAGUUGAAAUUCACCAUGAAUAGUACAAAAAUCGCUCGUUGUGACGAGUUUGACCCUGAGCCGAGAGUUUUGAUUGACAUUAUGCUAAUUUCAGCUUUCGUUGUUGCGGAUGCCAUUUUGAUUUGCAUGAUACUAAUCAGCAUGGUUACUCUAGGAGCCAAUCCUGCCGUGUGUAUCCUCAAAAGAUACAUAUUACCUAACUCGAACGCAACCCCGCAUGCAUUACUGCAUUACUAUCCUGGGAGUUUCUUUCCUCAUGAAGGACAUUUCUCGACGAUCGGGCUACACGAACGGGUUUUCAACAUCAUGGGUUUUGUUUUAAGUGGGGCCCUUCUGGUGCUGGCAACCCUGGCGUUCCGCUUCUGUCACGCCUUCCGUGCUACAGGGAUCUUUAUCUGGUGUCCAGUGAUGGAGUUGCUGUUCGCAUUGUUCCACCUGCAUACGUUCGGCAACCCGACUUGGUGUCGCAUUACGACUUCGAUGAUUAUCAGCAGUUUCGCCGCCCUCACUGCCUUCAUUAUGGCGUGCUUCGGCGGUGCACAACUGACAUUUUCCAUGAAAGAUGAGACCCUGGAGGGCGAUUGCACUCAUGGCCCCUACCCGGAGAUAGACAAGGUCAUAGUGGGGGCAUCACUGCUCCUCGUCGUCGCCAACUUCCUCACCACUCGAUCAUUUUCCAACCACAUCGUGACCCCAAAUAACAGGGUGGGGCCAGCACCCAUAACAAACGCACAGCAACGUGCUUCAGCACCUACACCCAACCCUGUUUAGAACUCUAGAGCUAAAAACUGAGUAUGCAGCAUCAAUUUGCAAUGACUGAUCUCUUUAACAACCUUUGCUCUGUUUCAGCAUUAUUCGUUGUUGGGUACAAUAAUUCACAUUUACGCUCAAUUCAGCCGCCUAUAAGGAGAGACAAUUAUUUAAUGGGUGCCAUAGAUAUGGAAGAUCAAAAUUUUUAGAUUCGAAAUUACAAAUAUUUUUGAGUGUACUAGAAGAAUGCUUGGCUAAAUAUUCGAUUUAGAAUACGACUAAGAAAUUCUGAAAGAUGUUUUUCGAAGAUGACCAAGACACAAAACGGGUCUGGCUAACUAUUUCACCCCUCCCCCUAUGGUACCUAAAAAUAGUAUCCACCCCUGAACUAGACCAAUUCAAGGAUUCAGUGUAUGCGAAUAACCUUACAACGAGUUUUGUACCUUACAACGAGCUCCCUUCCUUUUGCAAUAGGGAUCAAAUCAGUAGAUCCCUAUGGAGCUAUGAUUUUCUACUGAUAAUUCUGGUUGCCAAAUUGUUCCAAAGGGUCCCCCUUUGGUAUUAAGUUACAUCAAUUUUUGGCUGGUCAACCUCGAAAAUUUUUCCGAAGGCGCCUUUGGUGCCAAAAUAACUAAAUUUGAGGGGGUAGCGCGCGCCAAAAAAACGCAUUUAAAAAAAUAAAUUAAGAACAUUUAUCCACGGAGAACCGCUGUUGUGCCCUGCUUAAAAACUACAUGCAUCUUUUUUUUUUUUUAUAAAGCGUGUUCCUAACAUCAUUUUUAGACCGUUUUUUCCAAAAAUAUGCUGCAGCACAAAAAAUUUCUGCCAACAUAGGGUCUUUUGAAUAUUUUUGGAGAGCUGAAAAAAAUGUUAAUUUUUUUUUCGAAAAACCGCCCACCUUAGAAAAACUGCGCACACCACUAGAACUAAUAAUUAACAAGACCGAAAAAAAACAUCUGUCUGUGUCAUAAACUAACUCACAAUUUGUCAUCAAUUGUGCUUAUAAUUCAACAAUAGCAAAGCACUAUCGAAAAUUUAA